UGUGGACAUCUGGGCAGUGUUAACCGAAUCCCAGAGGCCCGGACAGACCAGGAGCCACUCAUCUAGGAAUGUUAAAGUUUUUCCAACUGAUGAGAGGAACAGAAAGGAAGGAGGAAGAGAGACAAGAAGAGAGAAAGAGUGCACCGAAACACACAAAACAGAUCUUGCACUUCCCUUUACUCUUCAAAGUUCAUUGAUGGCUUAUUUUUGAAAGUUAUUUUCCAUUUCCCUGGUACUUCUGCCACAUAUUCUUGUCUCAACCCCCUGAUACCACAACCACACCUUUCAACAAUGGCAAGUCAACUAACUCAAAGAGGAGCUCUAUAUCUGCUGCUAUUCCUUAUUCCUGUAGUGACACCAACAUGGUAUGCAGGCUCAGGCUACUCUCCAGAUGAAAUCUACAAUGAAGUAUAUGCUGAAGCAGCUCCACGUGACCCUGCCCUAGACUACAGAGCCCCCCGAUGGUGUUAUACAUUAAAUAUCCAGGAUGGAGAAGUCACAUGCUACUCACCAAGGGGAAGAAACUAUUACAGCAGCCUGGGCACUCGUUGUGAGAUCUCCUGUGACCGAGGCUUUCGGUUGAUUGGAAGGAGGUCGGUGCAAUGCCUGCCAAACCGCCGUUGGUCUGGAACUGCCUACUGCAGACAGGUGAGAUGCCAUGCACUGCAGUUCAUCACUAGUGGCACCUACAGCUGCACAAAUGGGGUGCUUCUUGACUCCCGGUGUGACUAUAGCUGUUUCAGGGGCUAUCACCUGGAAGGUGAUCGUAGUAGGAUCUGCAUGGAAGAUGGACAAUGGAGUGGGGGCGAGCCUGUAUGUGUAGACAUAGAUCCUCCCAAGAUCCGAUGUCCCCACUCACGUGAGAAGAUGGCAGAACCAGAGAAACUGACUGCUCAAGUAUACUGGGACCCACCUUUGGUGAAGGAUUCUGCUGAUGGUACUAUCACCAGGGUAACACUUCGGGGCCCUGAGCCUGGCUCUCACUUUCCCGAAGGAGAACAUGUGAUUCGGUAUACUGCCUACGACCAAGCCUACAACCAGGCCAGCUGCAAGUUCAUUGUGAAAGUACAAGUGAGACGUUGUCCAAGUCUGAAACCACCAGAGCAUGGCUACCUGAUUUGCACCUCAGCAGGGGACAACUAUGGUGCCAUCUGUGAAUACCACUGUGAUGGAGGUUAUGAGCGCCAAGGGACCCCCUCCCGAGUCUGCCAGUCCAGCCGCCAGUGGUCAGGAGUACCUCCCACCUGUGCUCCUAUGAAGAUUAAUGUCAAUGUCAACUCAGCAGCUGGCCUUCUGGAACAGUUUUAUGAGAAACAGAGGCUUCUCAUCAUCUCAGCUCCUGAUUCCUCCAACAGACACUAUAAAAUGCAGAUCUCUAUGCUACAGCGAUCCAUCUGUGAAUUGGACCUGCGACAUGUGACCAUCAUCGAGCUGGUGGGGCAGCCACCGCAGGAGGUGGGGCGAAUCCGGGAACACCAACUGUCAGCCAACAUCAUCGAGGAGCUCAGGCAAUUCCAGCGCCUCACUCGCUCCUACUUCAACAUGGUGCUGAUUGACAAACAAGGAAUUGACCGGGAACGCUAUAUGGAACCUGUUAUUCCAGAGGAGAUCUUCAUGUUCAUUGAUGACUACCUACUAAGUGACCAGGAGCUGAAGCAGCGCAAGGAACAAGAGGAUUUGUGCGAAUAAAAUUGAGCCAGGACCUGGUUGAGAUUGAGAUCAAGAGAAAAAUUCCACUAGUUAGCUGAAACCAAGGCCUACUAAGUUGGACAGUGGUUUCUCAUGGUUCUGGGGUCAGGACUGUGAGGUGGGUGAGUUUUACAAAUUCUUGGGCAUUUCCAGGCACCCCUUAAAGACUGUGUCAUAGUUUCCUUAAGAAAGAUUAUGCAUUAGCUAGUACUGGAUCUGCAGAAGAAGUCAGGAAGGGACUAACAAUAGGCCCUGGGCAGCAGUUUAAGGUUCCUUGAACUGUGUAAGUUCUUUUAAUCAGACUAGACUAUCUUUGUUUUCUGACUGAGUGUCUGCCUGCUCAUUUCUUCAGUCUCACAGAUAAGUGCAUUAGUAUCUCUUAUCCACAGAGGAUGUAUUCCAAGACCUCACCAGUGGAUGUCUGAAACUGUGGAUAAUAAGGAAUACCUAUAUAUACAUAUAUAUACAUAUACACUGUUUUUACUAUACAUACAUAUCUAUGAUAAAGUUUAA